AUGCUUUUUAAAAAUGAAGACAGUGGCAAUAGUGUUUACUGUUUUACUUAUAAUAAUUUUAACAAUGAUUCUAUAUCUGAUAUUUUAAAUGUAAGGAAUGAUAAUAAAAAUAAUGAGAAUAAAGAAAAGAACGAUGAAGAUGACAAACAAACCAAUUUGUUAUUAGAAGAGAAUGGAGAAAAUGAAGAAAAUAAAAGACAAGGAGACAAACAAUAUGAGGAUUUAUGUUUAUUAUCAUUUAAAAAUAUUCAACAGUCUAAUGAUAAUAUAAAAAUGCAGGAAGAAAUGUUUAAUUUAUCUUAUGAAAAGAAUAUCAAAAAUAUAGUUAAGGUAGUAUAUCAUGAGGAUUAUAAAUUAUUAUAUGAAAAUACAGAUAUACACGUAGAACUUCCAUCUAUAUUAUAUGAUACAGAUAUUAAAAAAAAUAAUGAUUAUAUUAAUAAAUGUGAUAAAAAAGAAGAUGAUUAUUAUAUUAAUAAAUAUAAUCAACACAAUGAUGUCAGAAAAAUUGAAAAUUUAAAAUAUUUUAUUAAACAUAACUGGAAAAAUAUAAAUAGGAUUAAUGAAAAAUUAUUUUUAAAAAAUUUAAAGGAACUAGAUGAAAUACUGAAUUAUAAUUUUUUGAAUAUAUGUAAAAAUAAAUAUAAACAAUAUGAUAAGAAAAGAAUAAAUGAAAGACAUUUCUCUUAUCACGACAAUUUCCUUAGUCAUUAUAUAAUUUAUAAAAGAAAUAAAUAUAUAAAGCAGAAUAAAAAUGAAUAUAUUAAUGGGAAUCAUAAUGAUGUUUAUGAGAGUAGUAACACAUAUGAUGAUAUAGAGACAACAAGAUUAAAACAUAAUAAUAUUAAUAUUAAUAGUAAUAAUAAUAAUAAUAAUAAUAAUAAUAUGAAGGAUUGUCUAAAUAAAUAUCCAUAUGAUUAUAUAAAACAACCUUUGAAUUUCUCUUUUCCUUGUUACGAAAAAAAAAUAGAAAAUAUCUACUGCUUAAAUAUACCAGGCUAUAAAUAUAAAUAUAUCUAUCCUCCAGUGAACAACAUGAAUGAUGAAAAAAUAAAAGAAUUAUAUAUACCUAAAGGACAUAUAUUAUUUAAUUCAAAAUUUGAAUCCGCAAAUUUAAAAUAUGUAAUAAAAGAGGAAGAAGACAAAGAAGUGUAUUCUUUAUUCCUUAAUCAGGAUAUUCGAAUGAACGAGAAAAAAAAUCAGUGGUUCUAUUUCAGUGCUAGUUAUAUUCCAAAUGAAUAUUAUACUAAUGAAUUAUAUAAAAUGAAAAUGUAUAAUAAGGAUAUUACUCAUAUGGGGGAUAAUAUGAAAGUUGUAUAUAAUUACCUGAACGGUACAGGUAAUAAUAUAAACAGUAAUGUAAAUAAAGUGGAUAAUAGAACAAAUAAUAUACAUACAAAUAAUAUCAAAAAUAUCAAAAAUAUUAAUAAUAUCAAUAGUAAUAAUAUUAUAUAUAGCAAGUGGAGGGAACAAAGGUGCAUGAAUCAAUAUUUGAAUGACAUAAAUAAUGAAGAAAUAGAUAGAAAUCCAGGAGGGAAUGGCAAAUAUUCGUUAGAUGCAUGUGAUAAAUUUACUGUUAGAAAUGUAAAGAAAUUAGAAAAACCAUUUACUGUUAGAUUUAAAAUAGAGAAUAUGGCAAAACCUUUUUUUUUAUAUAAAUAUGGUCAUUCUCCUUUAUCGUUUUCAGAAUGUAAAUAUAAAUUAGAAAAUAUAAAAUGGCAAAGAAAUACAUAUGAUAUAAAAUAUAUAAAAAACAAUUCAUGUAAGCAUUAUAAUAUAAAAAAAAAUAGUAUGGAAUAUUAUAAUUAUAAUACGUAUACUUUAGAAUUUAGUUAUGAUUUUAUGUAUGAAUAUGAUACAGUAUAUUUUGCAAGUUGUUAUCCAUAUACAUAUUCUUAUUUGAAUGAAUAUUUAUGUUUGAUAAGAAAUUUUUUGAAGGGUCACCCUACUAUUAAUUAUAUAGAACAAACAUUGUGUAAAACUUCAUGUGGAUUUGAUUGUCCUGUUUUAUGCAUAACAAAUUAUGAUAGUGAAGAAGGAUAUAAUAAAGAAGAAUUAAAAGAAGAUUUAGAAAAGAAAAAGAAAAAUAUUAUAGAAAGGAACAAUUUAAAUGAUGAAAAUUUAUGUGAUGCAAUGGAUAUAAGUAACAAUGUUGUAAGAAAGGAGAUUGAGAAGAAAAAAUAUAUAUUAACAAGUAAAAAAUUGGGAAUAAAAAAAGUGGAUAAUAAUUUAUUUGAUGAUAUGAAAAAUGGAUGUACAAAUGAAUAUGAUAAUAUGGAUAAAGAAUGUUUGGAUAUAAAAAAAAAUAUAUGUUGUGAAGAGAAAAAAGAAAAACAUGAUAUAAUAAAAUGUAAGGAUGAUAAAGAUUAUUCUUAUAAUUGUUGUUAUGAUGAGUGUCAUAAUGUGAAAAGAGAAAAAAAUAAUUUUUUUUGCUGUUUAAAUGAUAAAUGUAACUUUGUUUUAAAUGAACAUAUGAAAAGAAGAAAGAGUAUAAUGGAUUGUAAUAAUUUUUUAAAUAAAAUGAAAUGGUGUAAAAAAAAAAUGUAUACGUCUAAUCAUUUUAUGAAGAAAUUUGAGAGUUUCUUAAAAAAGGAUUAUGUUUACAGUAGAGAGAAUAAGAAAAAUAAUGGAAUGACAAAAAUACAAAGAUUUGAAGAAAAUUGUGAUAAUAAUUUAAUAUGUAAAAGAAAGGAUGAAAAAAGAAAUUGUUCUCAAAAGAAAAAAAAAAAGAAAAAAAAGAUAAUUGUGUUAACAGCUAGAGUCCAUCCAGGAGAAACAAAUUCUAGUUAUUCAAUACAUGGAUUUAUUAGUUUUAUUAUAUCUAAUAAUAUAUAUGCACAUAUAUUACGUGAGAAGUUUAUAUUUAUAAUAAUACCUAUGUUAAAUAUUGAUGGGGUUAUCUUAGGACAUAAUCGAUAUUGUUAUAAUGGUUUUGAUUUAAAUAGACAGUGGUCAAAUCCGAUAGCAUAUAUUCAUCCUACAAUAUAUUCAUCAAAAUCUUUAAUAAAAAAUAUUAGUCAGAAAAAUAAGAUUAUAUUUUUUUGUGAUUUUCAUAGUCAUUCAAGAAAAUAUAAUUGUUUUAUAUAUGGUAAUCAGGGUACUUGUAAUUAUGUAAACAAUAAAAAGAUCUGUGAAGUUUUUCCAGAAAUUUUUUCUCAGGCAUUACCUUGGUUUUCUCUUGUUGACACGGUAUAUAAAGCAGACAAUGAAAACAAGGGGAGUGCAAGAUUGAUAGGUGUUCAGGAGUUUGGAAUUGAUUGUAGUUAUACGUUUGAGAUUUCAUUGUUUGGAAUACAGAUAAGAAAGGAUUUUAAUAUAAUGUAUAAUGAGAAGAAGGAUAUUUUUUAUAUUCAGAAUUAUUUUGAGAGGUGUCACAAUGGGGGUGAUGAUAAAAAAAUAGGUGGUAAUAUAAAAGUAGAUGAUAUAAAAGCAGAUGAUAUAAAAGCAGAUGAUAUAAAAGUAAAUGGUGAUGUCAAAGCAGAUGGUGAUGUCAAAGCAGAUGGUGAUGUCAGAGCAAAUGGUGAUGUCAAAUCAGAUGAUAGAUAUGACAAUAUGAAUAGGCAUUACAUAAAUAAUAAUUAUUAUUAUGAUAAGAAUAGCUACGACUUUUUAUAUUUCGAUGAAAAUCUUUUAUUCAUGACGGGUGUGAGUUUUGGUUUAUGUCUUUUUAAGUAUAUGAAUUUUUUAUCAUAUAAUAAAUCAUCUAUAUAUAGAAAAACGUGUGAAGAAAAAGAGAAAGAGGAUAUGUUUACAGAAGAGUGUAGUACGUUAUGUAUAAAUAAUAAGGAUGAUAAAGAAAAAUAUAAUGAAACAAAAAAACAAAAUGAUCAUAUUUUUAAGAAGGAAAAUAAUUUGGAUUAUGAUAAAGGAGGAGACAUUAUAUUAAGUGAUACUGAUCAUCAUAUGGUUAAUUCAUGUGUAAAUAAUAAUAUGAAUCUAGAUAAAAGUAAAAGUAAAAGUAAAAAGGAAUGUAAAAAUAUUUUAAAUAAGUAUGGUUUUAUAAAACUGAAGAGUAGUAACAAACAUAUGAAAGAGUUAAAAAGAAUAAGAAAAUUAAAAAAAAAAAAAAAAAAUGUGAUAAAAGAGGUUUAUGAGUUUAGAAAAAAAACAAAACAAAAAAAAAUUUAUAAUACUUAUAUGUUUGGUUCAUAUAAAGUAAAUAUUAAUGAUGUAAUACGUAUAUUAAAUAAGCUAAAAAUUGUUGAUCAUAAUGGUAAGUAUAAAGGUUUUGAUUUUAAUAAUUCAUUGGAUAUGCAAAAAAAAAUAAAAAGUAAAAGUAAAAGUAAAAGUAAAAAUAAAAAUAAAUGUAAAAAUAAAAAGGUCAUUGUUAUAUUGUAA